AUGGCAGUACGCCAGUUGCUGUCUCCGGUUGGUGAAACUCCUCUGUUUUUAAAUCAAGAGUUUGAGAAUUUUCAUGAAUUGAAAGAUGCUAUCCGAUGUUUCCAGGCAAAAACCAAUUUUCUUUUAGUCAAAGGCAACGGAAAGACAGUGGUCGCUGCCAACCGAAAAGUGUCGGACGGCAGAAAAGAAUAUCCUGAUAAAUUUGUCUAUGCAUCAGUGAUGUACACAUGCAAACAUUUUGGUCAACCAAGAAAAGAGGGUCGUGGGAUACAAAAUGGAAACAACUCUGAAGUCAGUGGUAUUAUUGGUUUUAACAAUGUCAUGUUGUUGGAUGAUGAGUGGGAUCAUUUUGUGUAUGCUCAACAAUGGCCACAAACUGUCUGCUUGGAUAAUGAUGGACAAGUAAAUCAGACAACAAAGUGUAGCAUACUUCAGGAAGUUAAAACAUGGGUUGUCCAUGGCUUAUGGCCAACCAGGGUUAAAACUGAAGGACCCAAUUGCUGUGGAUGUAAUGAGACAUCUUCAGGCUGUCACAACUGUACUCGUCCGUUCAAUUUCACUCUGAUUCAGGAUUUAGAGCCUCAGCUUAAUGAAUUCUGGCCUAAUUUGUUGACAAAGAAACAUGGAACACCUUACGAUUUCUGGAAGCAUGAAUGGGAAAAGCAUGGUACUUGUGGAACCAGUCUUGAUGUAAUUAACAGUCAACAUAAAUACUUUGUCAUGGGAUUGAAACUGAAUCAGAAAUUUGAUAUUUUACAAGCUUUCUUAAAGCAUAAUAUCAAGCCCUCGCUGAAAGUACAGUACACAUAUAAGAGUGUUAUGGAUGCCUUGAUUGACACUUUUGGUCAUCAGCCACUACUGGAAUGCUACUACAGCCAUACUACGAACACUAGCAACUUAGAAUCGAUUGAAUUCUGUGUGUCUAAGAACUUUGAUAUAAUGACUUGUCCAUCUCGGAAUAAUAUUAAUCGUCUCUAUAGAGAAGAAACUUGCUGGACCAAGGAAAAUAUCACGAUUCCACCUCUAGUGUAUAGUAACCCAAUCAAAGUAAAAAAAGACAUUACCGUCAAGUUACUGGAAGAACUGAAUUAGUGGAAUUUGUUAUGUUGUAUAUUAAUUGGGAUUGUUUUCAAUUCCUUCACUGAGCUUGUUGUAAACACACCUACUGAUUGUGUAAAAGUGAUAUGGAAGGUAUAUGAUUUGGAUCUUCAUAUUUCAAAUUCAGUUGUGAAUAAUUUGCUUUCCUCUUUGUUUAACAUUGAAGGCACUCUCUGUAAUGACUGUGAAUAGUUCAUUGGCUAUGCAGUCUUUUUUGGUUUGAGAUCUUUUUAUAAGUUUCUGUGUUAUUUUUUCACUUUUAGAAUAGAAUUGCAGAAACCUGUUUAGCAACAAUACCAUUUUGUUGACAUAUGCUGACAG